AUGGCUCUCAACGCUGGCUCACGGCUCAUGGCUCAUGGCUUGACGUCUCCAUCGCGGCCACAAGAGACAGAAAAGAGCAACAUCCCCGUCCAGCGGACUCGGGGCAAACAUCCCAAUCCGACCGGCGAGCAGAGAGGAGCAGCUCCAGCGCAGUGGGAAGAGAAGCUCCACCCCCCGUCGCUCGUUGCGUGCAUAUCCCAUGAAGACGACCGGCGACGACGACAACACCGACGCCGCCGCCGCCGGCCCAGGAGAAGCGAUGAGCCCUGGCGCAAGGGCGGAGACGGCGGUCCCCUGGCAGCGAAGCGAAGCUUUUUUGCAGAGGGCGUUGGAACGAACGUUGAGGAUUGCGCUCGAAGCAAAGCUCGAGACGAGACGCAAGGAACGAGGACAAGGUACCGAUGGCGACAGCGAACCGAUGGCGUUGGAGUUGGCGUUGGCGUUGGCGAUGGCGAUGGCGAUGGCGAGCCAAACGACGUCAACGGCGAGCUGGCGACUGGGCGCUGCGCUGGAGCUGGGCGAUGCAGCCGUUCGCCCGUCGCUGGCGAUGGCUCUUUUGCCCUCUCGUUGCGCUGCUGGGCUGGCUGGCGUGCCUCGUAUCGCUGCCAACAUCCUGCUCGCUGGCUCUCUUCUCGCUGUGUCUCGUCGGAGUAUCUAGUCGCUGAGUGGCGAGCUGAGCAGGUCGAGGUCAGCGACUCCCCCCGGUCUGUCUCACAUGCCGGCCGCGAUCGAUCCAGGCUGGCGGGCGAUCGGCUUCUUUUUCUUUUGCUUUUGCAUGUUGAGUUCACUGGUUACUCCCUCGCAGUUCAUGCAGCCAGACGCCACGGCCCAACCUUGGUCGACCCGGCAGCGACGGCUCGUCUCAUACAGGGAGAGUCCGGCAGCAGUGAUGAUGAUAAUGAUGAUGAUAAUGAUGAUGAUGAUGAUGACGUAUUUAUGUAA